UUCAAUAGAGGAAGCACUUUUCAAAAACACUUCGGAAGAAGUCGUUGUGAAACAAAAAUCUGCUGUCAUCCUGCACGUUCUUCAGACUCAUUUUCACACUUCACCCGAUCGCUAAAGAGCUCAUACAUGAUAACAUGGAGUCUUUAAGACAGUCUGUUUUGGAUUAACACAUUUGUUCUAGAAAAAAAAUAACUCAUAAUUUGUAAAUAAGGAUAAAGAACGUGUGAUUACUCAUCUAUGAAAAAGACAGCAGUACAUUUUGAGGUGUUCUGCACUCAGGACUGGGCAACAAAUCUGCUCCUGUGAUGAUUGCAAUGAGGAAAUCUGGGUCUCUUUACCAGAGACUAAACAGUGAUAUCAAAGACAGGCUGGCUAGCUGCUCCCUGACUUUCCACACUUCAUCCAACACCCCAACAAACUCGCUCAGGGAUGUUGAUCCUGUGGUCUGUGCCAUCAAAAGAGGAGAUGUGGAGACUGUCAGAAAUCUGACAGCAUCUUCUCACUGGGCGCUAAAGGAGAACAAAGAUGGAUGGAUACCUUUGCAUGAUGCUGCCUGCCUUGGACAACCUGAGUGCUUGAAGACCCUGUUAAGGGCCCAUCCAGGUUCAGUAGACAAGCGAACAUUGCAGGAGCAGACGGCCUUGCUGCUUGCUGUGUCUUGUGAGCACUUGGCCUGUGUGCAGUGUCUUUUGGAAGCAGGAGCUGACCCUGACAUUAACAGCAAAGGCAAAGAAACACCUUUGUAUAAAGCAUGUGAGCUUGAGAAUGUGGACAUAGUGAACCUCCUUCUCUCUUAUGGGGCCACUGUGAAUCAGAGGUGUGCCCAGGGCUGGACUGCCCUCCAUGAGGCUGUAUCCAGAAACAACACAGAGAUCUGUGAGAUACUAUUAAGAGCCGGAGCUGCAAUCAAUCCGUCUAAUACCUACACCAUCGCACCACUCAUUGUAGCAGCUCAACAAGGACAGAUGAGGUCAAUGUGUUACCUUAUUGAGAAAGGCGCAGAUGUCAACAUCCAGACAUGUGAUGGUGUUACGGCGCUCUAUGAAGCGAGUAAAAAUGGCCACAAUGAAAUUGUGGCCCUACUGUUGACUAAAAAUGCAGAUGCCAACAAACCAACAAGCUCAGGACUGCUGCCUUUGCAUAUCGCUGCCCAGCACGGGCAUGACAAGAUUGUAUCCCUGCUUGUCUCAGUGACAAGUCGGGCCAGGCUCCGGCACAGUUGGAUCAGCCCCCUCCACCUGGCAGCAGAGCACAACAGACACACUGUUGCAGCUGUGCUACUGAAAACAGGUGCAGAUGUAAACGCCACACUGCCCCACAGUCACUCCAUCAAGUAUGAUGAUCGACGUGCUACACCCCUCUACUUUGCUAUUGCCAGUGGCAGCACCAAAACAGCUGAGGUGUUGCUUAAUGCUGGUGCUAGUCUAAGCCUGGAUCCAGUCAGUCCUCUGCUGAUGGCUGUAAGUCGGGGUUGUAUUAGCUCUGUGUCUUUACUGCUGGAAAGAGGAGCCGAUGUAAAUGCAAGCAUCCCAACCUGUACUACCGCAUUCCCAGUUCUUGUUGCACUUUGUCUGAAUAAACUGCCUCUACUCAAGUGCCUUUUGGACAACGGCUGCGAUGCACUCUCCUGUUUUGCAUGUACUUAUGGCAGUGGCCCUCACCCAGCUGUAAGAGGAUCCAGUAUAAUAACUGUUGGCAGUAAUGGAUAUGCUGUGCAGAAUGGCAGCAUGCUUCCUCGAAACUGCAGUGAGCCUCCAGAAGCGAUAACGCAGUUCUGCGAGUGGAUCUCAAUACCAGUUAUGAGUAAAUGGACGGGGCCGAUUAUAGACUUGCUGCUGGAGUAUGUUGGCCAUGUUCAGCUGUGUAGCAAGCUGACUGAACUACUGCACAGCCGUGAAGAGUGGCACAUUGUUGAGAAGAAGUUGUUGUCACCACGUCCACUGCUGCACCUCUGUAGAUUAAGGAUUCGGACCCAGAUGGGGAGAUACAGACUGAGAUCUAUCACAAGCUUACCUCUGCCAAACAGACUGAUCAGAUACCUGAGCCAGGCUGACUGAUUUUAAAAUGAACCUCAAGCAAUAUAGUCCUCAGAGAUAAGACUAUAUUUAUCUUCUAGUAGUUCUUUUUUUAGUUGUGUCUGAUGUCUUGAAUCUGUAAAUGUUCCUCUCAAAGAAAUUCUCUGUGUAUGAAUAUCUAUUUAUAAUAUAUGUGGUGUGACAAUAAGGCUUUUUAAUCUGUCCUUCAGAAUGCUUUUUUUUUCCUUUGCAGAAAGCUUUAUAAAAAGGUAAAAAU